GUCAAUGGAGGAUCGAUGGAUGUAGGUGUGAACCGGGGGUUUUCAAUGGGAGAAAAUGAGUUAAAAAAUCCGAAUCAGGGCCAUCCUACGUUGAAGUGAAUAUCCAGUAGAACGAGAUGAUGGGCAGAUGACACCAUGUUACCUUAGGAAAUCAUCUUCAGACAUAAAAUGGGUGACAGUGAGUUGAAUCUGAGCAAGCUGACAGCCAGCUUAGAGGAACUGUCACUACGAAAACAGUUGCCUCUUAGACAACAAGCUCAAAAACCUGUGCUCAAGUAUAACACAACGAUCACAAAACCCGUCCAUCUAUUCAGCCAGUCUGAUGUUGUUUCCCUCAGAAGAGAGCGACAACGAGAAAGUUCACAGUCCCCACCAUCCCGACAGGCGGCUGUCCAUGGUGCACUUCCGAGUCGCAGAUCCAAUCAUAGUCUGUCGCCAGUCCGCUCCAUAGCUUCUUCAGUGUCCUCCAAUAGCAGCUCACAAAUACAGCAAGGUAAACCAAAUGGAAACCCAUACGCACGACCAGUUAGUGCAAAAGAAGUCGCGGAAGACAUCUUCGGCCAUACUAUUAGGAAAAGCCCAAGUACAUCUUCUGUCUCCAGUGUCAACAAUGCCAGUAAUGGCGUCUUACAGCUGAAUUCCUUCAUGAGACCACAAAGUGCCGCCAUGAAAGAAAAAUUUGAUCAAGCCACAAAAAAAGCCACAUCUGCUAGAAAAAACAAACAAAAACUGGAGAAAACAGCUGCAACAGAACUUUAUCAUGAUCUUAAUAGAAAUGAAGUUCAUUUAGAAAAUGGAUAUAAUUUGAAAUCCGGGUUGCAAAAUGGAAAUGAGAAGGUGCUGAAAAAACCUCCUAUUAGGAGACAGGAUGUACAGGGACACAAGCAUGGUGUUACAGCUGAUAUGAAAAGAGUCAGAAAUUUGAAUUACACCCCCACAAAACCUUAUAGUGAGGUGAGCGACACAGAUUCUGAUAGUGCAAAAGAUACCGACAGCAAGCCAAGUAAUCGUAGUGUUAUUAUUUCUCAUGCCAAAGCAAGCUCUCCUGCCAGAUCCAUUCCCCCACAAACCGUCCCAGUAGCUUUGAAGCCUUCUGUGAUGAACAAACAUUCCAGCAGAUCUCCACAAACUUUGACGGCAACAACGACGAUGAACACAGACGUGAGUACUCUUGGUAGCGCCAAUGGGAAGAAAAUGCCUGUAACUAAUACUGUCACGAGAACAGUAUAUUAUCAGAAGGGGUCUAAAGGCGAAGAAAUUAUUCAUGAGCAGAGACCGAAAGCUGAUGGUGCUCCUGCUGUUCCGAAGAAGAUCACAGAGAAGGAUGAUAAUGGAGAGGAGGAAGAUGGAGAAGACGAAUACGAGGAUGAAGAGGAAUCGGACACCUGUUCACCAUCAGGUGAGCGUCUGCCGGGUGAUGGUGAAGCAAGCUACGAUGAUGACCUUGAUGAAGAAGACGAUGGCAUUGAUGGUCUUGAUGAUGACUGCGUGGGUUCUGACAUUGAAGCGGAAUCCGACGGCUUCUCGGUUGCCAGCAGUCUAUCCAGACAUUCAACUCGCAGUUUGCGUUCCACAAAACGUCCUACAACAAGCCUCACCUCCAACAGGCCGGUGCCUGUGUCUGAGGAACGACAGAAGACAUUCCUCCGUCCCGUCACAGCCUCAACCAGUGACCGGGAUUCCCAAACCAAGCCUGCUCUUCGUCCGUCCCUCUUCCCCAACAUCCCUCCAACCAUCAACUUUGUGUCUGAAGGAGAGAAAGUUGAGCUGCUGCCCUGGGAUAUCAGGAAGCUGCUGAAAUGGCGCAUGAGUCCGAUAACACCAAAUAUUGUCAAGUCAGCGCUUGCCAGGAUUGGCUUUCGAGUAACAAAAAAAAACCAUGACUGGUUGGGAUGUUUUGGGAAACACAUGAAAUCUCAGGGAUUCAAAGCCAUUCGAGAAUAUCAGAAGUUGAACCAUUUCCCCGGGUCUUUCCAAAGCCGCAAGGACCGACUAUGGCGGAAUCUCUCCAAGAUGCAGGUGCAUUUCGGCAAGAGGGAGUUCGGCUUCUUCCCACAAACCUACGUGCUGCCACAGGAUCUGAAGCUACUGAAGAGGGCAUGGGAGGAUGGGGGAAGCAAACAGAAGUGGAUCAUCAAGCCGCCUGCAUCAGCUCGUGGUAUUGGCAUCAAGGUGAUCCACAAGUGGACACAGAUUCCCAGGCGCCGGCCGGUGAUAGUACAGAGAUAUUUGGGAAGACCGUUGAUUAACGACAGCAAGUUUGACAUGCGGGUGUACGUGUACGUCAGCUGCUACGAUCCUCUCAGAAUCUACAUAUUUGAAGAUGGCCUGGCACGAUUCGCGUCUUGCAAGUACUCAUCCUCCAUGAAGUCGCUUAGCAACAAGUUCAUGCAUCUAACCAACUACAGCGUCAACAAGAAGAAUACGGAAUACGUCAGCAAUGCUGAUGACUCGGUGUGCCAGGGCCACAAGUGGAGUCUGAAGGCGCUGUGGAACUUCAUGAAGAGACAGGGAAUCAACACGGUGGCUAUCUGGGACAGCAUCAAGGACCUGGUGGUCAAGACCAUCAUUAGCUCUGAAGCUCCUAUCAACAGCAUGAUCAAGUCAAACGUGCGGAGUCGAUACUGUGUCCAUGAGCUGUUUGGUUUUGACAUUCUGCUUGAUGAUCAUCUCAAACCGUGGAUCCUGGAGGUCAACAUCUCCCCCAGCCUGCACUCCAACUCCCAGCUGGACGUGAACAUCAAGGGGCAGAUGAUCAAGGACUUGAUGAACAUCGCAGGGUUCCGCGUCCCCGACAAGGUGGACAUCACACACAGCAGCUCCAGCGCUUCCUGCGACUUGAGUGCCCAUGUCCCGUCCAGCGACUACUGCAUGGACAAGAGGCUGUAUUCCCAGCAGUUUGCCCCUGACGAGCGCACCAAACAUGCCUACUAUUGCCAGAGACACCAGGACGAGCAAGUGAUGCAGACUAUCAUGGACACCCUGACGCCCAAUGAUGUAAGAACACUGACGGAAUGUAUCGACGAGGACAGUAGAAAGGGGGGCUACCAGCGGAUCUUCCCCACGCCUUCCACCCACAAGUACCUGCGGCUGUUUGAGCAGCCUCGCUACAACAACAUCCUGCUGGACCAGUGGGUUCAGAGGUUCAACCGCAUGGAGCAGAGAGGUAUUGCCAUGUUGCAGGCGUUCUGUGAGGAAGGGCUCCAUCAAGAGAACCCAACGGACAGUCCCAGCCACCAGUGGAACCCACCAAACUCCUCCAUUAUAACGUUCCGAGACUCCCGCUUGUACAGCGCCCCCGCAGUUAAGAACGAUAAACUGGAAAGCAAUCUAAAACUGAGUGCCUCCACAUCACAGCUUCCAAAGGUGCCUCGGAGGGUGCCACGCCCCCUCCCCCCACGAUCUCUCUCUCAGACCAGUAGCACGUCGUCCCUGGGCUCCACCUUUACCCCCGGCUCCACCCAGCCCCAGUCACCCGCCAUCCGACCAGGCCUACCUCAGUCUACAAGGUGACAUAAUAUCCGUCUACCCCCUCUCAAAGAUAUCUUCAACGGAAGGGAGCCUAUGUUUACAUCUAGGCGCUACCAGCGACACAACAUUCAACAGCCUCUUCCCCAUCGUCUCGCCCGAACCACGCGGUCGGGAAAGAAGGGAAACACCAGGGAACUUCUUUCCAAGUCCGAUCAGUUUUUCCUGUCAUAAAUUCAUUGUCAUCCAUAAAAUCAUGUUAAAUUCACAGAUCUUUAUUGUUGGGUAAAAGGUUACUGGUCUUAGGAUCUUAGCAUAAACUAAUUAGGAAUCUGCUGAGAUUGUUCAGUGAAACACAACCAUCAGUGAGAUGGUAGAACCAUGUUUCAAGAUCAGAUCUGCUUGUCAUAAUUUAAAACCUAUUUGUCAAAGAUCCAUUUUUAUGAUUUUACACUUUAUAGUGUAUAGCAGCUAUUGAAGUUUCUGAUGUAUACAUUUUUAAAGUAUUUUAAACAUUUGAACAAAAAAUUCCUAGACAGCUUUGCUAUUUAGCAAUUAAAUAUUUUCUGAGUUUAUUUUAAAAAUAGUUUUAGCAUUUCAGGAUCCACCCAAAGUGUAUCAUGAUCUCAGUGAAACAGCUGUAUUUUGUCAACACAAACAUAUCAAUACCUGUCUCAUUCCGAAUUUUGUUCAAAGAACAUAUUUUAACUGUAUAUUUUGUAAGAGAAUUCAUGCAUAAUAUACAAUAUACUGUUAUUCCAUGCUUUGCCAUGUGAUACGGACACAAUGAUGCCUUAGAAUGUAAUUUGCCAAAAAGUUGUACCGGUAUGUCUCAGAAUGUAUGAAUGUGAGUGUUUGUUCACUGAACCAUGUUGUGGUGACACUUUACUGUUUGAAUUCAUGUAUGACUGUAUCAAGGUAGAAAAUAUCUAUACACAUAUUUACAGCCAUUACCAAAUUUUUGUUGCAUAGCACUUCUGCUACAUUAUUAAGAUAUUGAUGUAAGAUAUUUAAAGAAUUCCAUAUAUGCUAAGAUAGUUUGUGAGAAGUUCUGUCUUUAUAUAUUGACAAGAUUGUUAUUCUUCAUAAAUUAACCAAAAUACAAAUAUGCAAAUAAAUUAAAAUUUUCUACCAGCAAAAUAUAUAAUUUCAGUAAUGUUUAGGUUCUGUUUAGCGAGGUGCUGUUAUAAGUCAGAACGGAAUAGGAAAGUAUUAAAUGUCUGCAUCUAUUGUCUGCUUCUAUAUCCUAUACCUAUUCUUGAUGCAAUACCUGUUCUUGAUUGAACAAUUGAUGUCUACAAUCCGUUACAUGACCAGAUGGUUUGUUUCUCUCAGCAAGGGCAACUAUCAGCUUUGUGUUCUGUCGUCUUCCGCAAGCCCCACAUGUGAUGUGCCAUGUCUUGCCAGUGUUCUUCAUGUAGCUUAUACCAGCUUUAACUUGACUUGCUUAAUGAAUGCCAAAAGUGAUUUAAAGGUUGAGUUGUGCCAAAGUGAUUUGUCUGAGAGGACGACAGACGAGUAAUACAUGAUUCUUUAUCAGUUCUGAUAGUUACCACAUUGUGUAGACUUGCAUACAACCAAUGGAAUUCACCUACAAUGGAAUCCGUGUUCAGUGCGACAGUUUCUUUCAUAGUCUGAUUGGAUCAGCAGAAUCCUUGAGGAAUUUUCUUGAAAAUCUUUUGUUUAAGAAAGAUGUUGAUUCCAUAAUAUCAAGCUUUAAUGUCAUCAGUGGAACUCAUUCACCAGGGAAAGAAACCUUUCAAAAUUUCCCACAGGACCAGUGAGUGGACAAUAAUUAGUGGUCCUGUCUGUACUUCACUGGUCCAAAAUAACAUUCGUAGAUUUACUACCAAUACAAAAUUGACUGGCCACCAGGACCACUGCAAACUUACCAUUUUGUGGUCCUGAUGAUAUUUUACUAGCCAGGGACCACAGGACCAGCGUAAAUUUUGCACACUGAUUCACUGAGCAUGUUGAAAGUAGUGAAGGGACAAGUGCCCCUUUCAGACCUCACAAUGUGCCUCUAUAUUUUCACAUGUGAUAAUUCCAGGCUUUAUUGCGGAUGUUUCCAAAUGAUUCUUUGCUGUUGGAGAGGGUUAAAAUAUAUCCCCGGACCAAUAAAACAAAAUGUUGAAUGAAAACGGUUAUAAGACGACACAAAUAUCCAAACCUAACUUUCGAAGUGAGGGUAAGGGAAAUAAUUGCGGUGCAGAGUUACCUGCCCCUGAUAAGCAAUUCACAGCCAUCAAGAUUACAAAUCAAAGAUUAUUUCUCAGCUGUUCCAACUUGCUGACACGCCGAAGACCCGGGUUCGAAUCCCCACAUGGGUACAAUGAGUGAAGCCCAUUUCUGGUGUCCCCCGCCACGAUAUUGCUGGAAUAUUGCUAAAAGCGGCGUGAAAUCAAACUCAGCUGUUCCAACUUGCUGAUUUGUCGCUGUCUGCGUGGACUACUGUGUCAGAAUUAUUGCCCGAGUGACAUUUCUUGUCUACAGUAGACACAUGUCCAAUCUGUGGUACAAUGUCUCAAAAAAGUACAUCAUAUUUAUUAGAUUAAAUGUAUGAGGAUUACUUACUGAUCGUAAGGAUCUUUGAAGAAGUUGAGAUGAAAAAUCUCUCAUGUUUUCUUCUUCUAAACAGCUGGUUUUGAAACAAAAACUAUAAAUGCAGUUAAUUUGGAUAUUUCCAAAUUUCAGUGGAACUCAAACCAUUGGCAUCAUCUGAGAAAUUGAGAUGUGGAUACAAUUUUCAGAGAUCCUUGGAACUUUUCGAACAAGGAACAAAAACUGCAUCUUACAAAAUAGAGUUAAUGAACAUGUUUAUUUACAAUCAGGCAGAAUUAUAGUAGUUGGUGUUUACAUGAACAAGAACGUAUGUGAAGCAAUGGUUGUCAAUUGUUUUAUGAAUUUUGCUAUGUAUAGUGUUUUAAGUAUACCGGUUUAUGUGUAAGCUGUGUGAGGAUGCAGACGUGUGUACGUGUCACAUGAUGUGUGUCCAUGUCACAUGAUGUGUGUACAUGUGUGUACCCUUCUGUAUUCGACAUACAUGAUGUAUCUAUGAUGGCAGUGGUAUUGGGUAAAUGCUUGCUAUGAAGUAAUGAUGGCUCCUAAAUUCACGACAUAUAUGAAAUAAUAUUUUACACUUCAAGAUAAAUGAAGAUUUUAAAAAAUAUUUUUGAAGAAAAACUGAUUGCUUUUAAAAAAAAAUUGGCAUAUCAGAAUCGUCUUACUUCAAAGCUAAAUGAAGACAUGUUUUGACCUUGUAAAUGGAUUAUCUGCCAUUGGAAGGCCACAUUUUUCAGAUUCUGAUGUGAAAAGGCUUGCGAAAUUGUUUAUCUGCCUUGAAAUGCCUUCAGUUAUCCAUUCCAAUUUCAAGUAAAUUACCUAAAACUCAAUCCUAUUAUUGUGUACAAUAAUGUUGAUAUCUGCAUGUACUGAAGGGAAAUGUUCAGUUGCUGUAGAGUUAUCUCCCUUCCAACUAUGUGUAGCUUCAGUUACAAACCCGACUGGACAUGUACAAUAUUAUAUUAACAUGGCAGAGAUUUUGUGGAAGACUCUUUUCCAAUUCUGGAAAAAAAUCAACCAAUAAUUCUUAAGCCAGGAAGAAACUGUUUUGAAUACUUGACACAUAUAUUGUAAUGGCAGAUCUGAUGUGAUUUCAUGCAUUGCCCAAAGAUGGCGACCUGUCAAUGUGCAUCUAAAACAGUUGUGUUCAAUAUGUCAGAAGGUACACCUUAUAUUGUAUACAUGCUGUGCCAAGUUGGAAUCGAUUUAACUAUUUAAAGCAUGCACCAGUGCAACCUAUUUUGGAAAAUGCUACCUAGUAUUUAGGUCAGCAUGCACCAAGUGCUUAUCGAAACCACCCGAGUUUGUGUGUAACGCUGACACGUCCACCCAUUGAUUUUUGAACAGAUCCAAUAUCUCUUAGCCUGUAUACCAUACACUAACCAUUGCUGUGUUAUGUGUAAUUUGUCAAACAUUUUGGGCUUAUUGUCCUCAGCUGGGUACUUAAGGAUUAUAUGCAUGUUUUAACUUUGAUUAAUUUACGAGACCAGGUGCAGCCAGGUUGUGUCUUAUGAAGCUAAGCUUUCUUGUCAACAUGCACUUGAUGAAGUUGAAUCCGGUUUCAUGAAUCGAGCCUUAAAUCCCACCUCUAAGCACCUAUAUGAAUCAGUUCAAUUAUGAUGCACCAUGAACAGACUGGAAGUAAAGCAGUUAUACUUAAGUAUAUUUGGUAAUGUUUUGUUAAGUCUUGUGUCAGUUUUUUUUUUAAAAAUAAAUAUUGAAUUAUUAGAGAUAGUGGAAUAAUUAUGUUUUCUCAAUGUAAAGGUAUCCAUUGAAUCCCAAAUUUCGAAAAUCCCCAUAUUUUGAAGUUUCGUUCAUGUGUCAUCUCAUUCAUGCCAUUGCUAGGAUGAUUUUAGUUCUUUCUGUUGAAGUUUUCUCAGGGGUAGGCGGAAAAGGGCCGUUCGGUGUAGUCGAACUUUGGCCGUUGUGUUUCACAGUCAGUCAUUUGAAAUACCUCAUUCAUAGAUUUGUUUGUUGAUUUUUUUCAUUAGAAAAGGUAUUUGUUUCAUAUAGAAUGGAUGAAAAUAGACAUGGAGCACAAUUCAGGAUUAACUUUGUUUAGUGUAUCAGUUGCCAUGACAACCAGCUAGGUGUUUUUAGGGUUGCUAGGUUGUAAUACCUAAGAAAUAAAACUGGCAUAAUACGGAGACCAAGCUGCAAUUAGAUACAUGAUUAGAAACAAACCAAACUAUAGUGACAUACAGAUAGUCUCAAGCUUUGUUUUCUUGGAAUAAAAUGUUAGAGAGUUCACUUCCACGUAAUAUUAAUCUCUUUGUUUUUACUACUACAGUUUUGUUUAAAAAUAAUCUGAAAUGCAAACAGAUUUGUUGUAGUAAUUUAUAUUCUGCUCCUCACAUUUUACAUUUCUUCCAAUCUCUGAGCAAGAAAUUUCUUCUUUGAUGCCUCAGAAACUGAAAACGAUGUCUAGUAUUAAACAGUAAUUGAAUUGUCGAGAUUUAAAUUAUUUCGUUACUAAAAAAAUUAGACAUACAGAUAUAUCCACAAGAAAAGUUCUUUGGGGAAAUGAAUGAUGCUAGUGCAUAGUGGCAUUGUGUUUCGAUAUGCGUGUACAUUUCUCCAUGAUAUAUGAAACACCUGCUGUAAGCUUUUGUAUAUAGAUAGUGCCAUAGGGGCUAGCCUUCGUGUGAGUGAGUGUUUUACGGCAGCUGGGAUUUUGUCCCAUACAGAUACAACUUGUUUAAUUUUCAUAUUC